GCCAUAUGGCCAUAUCAUCUAAAUCCCACGUGUCAUGUCCACUGCAUGGCCGCUGACCGGGCGGAUGCUGCACCUUUGGCUGCUGGUACUAUGUGAUGACUCGGCGAAGAACAGGACGCAGUGGGCUGGUCGCCAGUGAAGAACAUGCCACAGCGCGACACCGAGCCGUACUUCGCAUUGAUCCGUACGGACUACAAGAGUUUCGUCUUCAAAAUGACUACGUGGCUUACAGCAUCGACAUCUUGAUCGAUCCCUGCCGCGACCUGAUCCGCUCGGGUGGACGAGGCUCCGCCUGUUGUUCGUUUUCUGGCGUGGCCGGCUGUCAACAUCACCCAGAUGUUGAGGCUGGACAGGAUUUGCAGGUGGCCUACAUGCAAAAUGCGCACAUCGCCAGUUGCCGGGGCACGGAAUUCGAGUAUGAUCCCAAUUGCGGAACGUACUUGGAGGUGCAUCGACCCGGGCAAAAGGCCGUGCUCUCCGACGUGCGGAUCGACUCGACCACGACCGUGACCUGGACCGACCUGGGCGCCGGGGUGGAGCAGCCCUACAUCACCUCCGCCGGUUACCAGACGAGGUUCCUGGCCACACACCGCUUGUGUCGAGGUGAAUACGAGGUUUGGUGGGUCGUGCGGACGCGCUCCGGACCUUACGUGCAGCGCACGCGCGCCUUCUACGUCUCGUCGCCGACCUGCGAAACACCUCCGGGCGGCAUUGACCCUCCCACACCGCUGCUCUCGCUGUCCGACAUGCCUUGACACGUACGCGGAAAGAGCAGACCGUGUGGCGAAA